CUUAUUAGCAAAAAAACAAAAAUUGUUUUCUUCUUAUGUAGGUUACCUUGGCCCGAUCACUUUUCUUCUUCACUGAACUUCAACUUCUGCUCUCCGAUUCGGUUCUCUCUCAGCUUUCCGGUCAAAGAAUAACCUUUUUGUGGAAAAAAAAAAAAACGAAACAUGUCGAAAUCGUUGAUUGAAAUGCCUCCAAAGGGUGGAUUCAGCUUCGAUCUUUGUAAGAGAAACGAGAUGCUUGCAAAGCAAGGCGUUAAUCCGCCAUCGUUUCGUAAAACGGGCACCACAAUUGUUGGCUUGAUCUUCCAGGAUGGUGUUAUUCUUGGGGCAGACACAAGGGCAACUGAAGGACCUAUAGUUUGUGAUAAGAAUUGUGAGAAAAUUCAUUACAUGGCACCAAACAUUUACUGUUGUGGAGCUGGAACUGCUGCUGAUACAGAGGCAGUAACUGACAUGGUCAGCUCACAGCUCCAGUUACACCGCUAUCAUACUGGUAGAGAGUCAAGGGUUGUUACUGCAUUGACCCUUCUCAAGCGACACCUUUUCAACUAUCAAGGCUAUGUUUCGGCUGCUUUGGUACUUGGUGGUGUUGAUGUCACUGGACCUCAUUUGCAUACUAUAUACCCCCAUGGAUCAACUGACACGUUGCCAUUUGCUACAAUGGGUUCUGGUUCUCUGGCAGCAAUGGCAGUAUUUGAAUCAAAAUACAGAGAAGGUCUUGCUAGAGAUGAAGGAAUAGAACUUGUCACUGAGGCUAUAUGCUCUGGUAUCUUCAAUGACCUAGGAAGUGGAAGCAAUGUUGAUAUUUGUGUAAUAACCAAGGGUGGCAAAGAAUACUUGAGGAACCAUCUACAACCUAAUCCUCGCACUUACACCAGCUCCAAGGGCUAUUCUUUUCCCAAGAAGACGGAGGUCCUCUUAACAAAAAUCACACCACUGAAGGAGAAAGUGGAGAUCAUUGAAGGAGGAGAUGCAAUGGAAGAGUGAUGCACUUAUGUACCUGAUUGCUAGAUCAGUUUUCUAUCUCCACUUGUUCUCUGUCAAAGAACUAUUUUCUGAUCAGUGUUCUGCAAUUGUUAUCUGUUCACCUAAGAUUUUAUUGGGUAACCUCUUGAAGUGACUUAACAUUUUAGUACUGAUAUUGAUUCACAUGGAAUUAUCAGUUCUGAA